GUCCGGCCACAAGAGGAGGAAGAGGAGGAGGAGGCAGUAUAAACAAGGUCCAGGGAGGGAGAGACAGCCCUGGUUAUCUCCCUGUAUCUCCCGUUAUCUCCCCGCCACAGCCUCCACAGCCCGCCACGACACGUCCGGGACCUGUUUACCCAAGAGAUAACAGGCGGCGUGCGUGCGUGUGUGCGUGCGUUGCUAUGUAGACCUUCCCGUGUGUGUACGUGGCCUGGCGCGCACACCAUGGCCUGACACACACGUACAUGGGGCCUGGCCGUCACUCCUGCUCCUGUGAUGGCUGUGUGGGCGUGGGCGUGGCUGUGGGCGUGCGCGGCCGUGGGCGUGGGCGGCGCGGCGUCCUGCAACCGUACCAGACACGUCCUGGACGCGUCCCACGGCGUGGUCACGGACGGCCCCGGCAAGUACCUGGAGGCCUCGCACUGCCAGUGGCUCGUCAAAGCGCGUCGGCCGGGGCAGUACAUCACGCUGAACAUCACGGGGCUUGAGACGGAGUGUUCCUACGACCACCUCUACGUACAUGACGGGGCAGACUUUGACGCCCCGCUUCUUGGGGUCUUCUCGGGGAACACGCCCCCGCCCCCCGUCACCGCCAGCUCCGGGGCCAUGCUGAUAAUGCUGUAUUCUGACACUAACUAUGCCCUGGACGGCUUCGAGGCGACGUACUGGGUGACUGACUGCCCCCUGAACUGCUCGGGGCGGGGGGAGUGCCAGGCGGGGCAAUGUCAGUGUGAGGAGCUGUACACAGGCCCCGGAUGUGAGUUCGAGCAUUGCCCCGAAAACUGCGGACUGGGGCAGAUGCGGGGCCACUGCUGGAAAGAGAAGCUCCCGCCCCGCCCCAACGAGCCCCGACUUGCCCCGUACUGCAUGUGCUCCGACGGGUAUUUCGGGGACGGCUGCUCGCUGUACUCCGGGGAUGACAAUGGCGGGGCGUGGCACUGGCUCUGGCGCGGGGCAUCUCCAGGGGUGCCCCGGACGAGCCAUGGCGGGGUGUAUUUGCCCCGGAAUGAUCGGUUAUAUAUUUUCGGGGGCUAUGACCUUAACAAUGUCCUCGGUGACCUGACCUUUUUUGACCUCCGGGAAAGCUUAUGGGUCAAUGUGGGUGACCCGGAUGAUGAGGCUCUGCUCACCCGACGGAUGGCCGCUACACAGAUGGCCAGACUCCGCGCCCCGUCCAUCGGCCCCGAUCACGACCCCGCCCCGCCCCCACCCCCGGCCAACACCUCGCCCCGGUUCAAGUUCUCCGUCACGGGGAACUCCACCGUCAGCGUGAAGGCCAAAUCCGGGGCGGAGGAUGAGGCGUCCGGGGUGAGCUUCGGGGCGGUUCCGGGGCGUGCGAGACGAACGCCCCGCCCCGUGGAGGACUCGGUGCCGGGGCGGGUCAGGAGGAUGAUUCGCCCCGGGGAGGAGGAUGCGGAGGAGGUGGAGGUGGGGCGGGGCGGGGCGUCGGCGGGGCAGAGGUCACUGACGCCCCGCGCUCGCUAUGGGCAUGUGAUGGAGCGGUAUGGUGACCACUUCGUGCUGUACGGGGGCAAGCUGACCUCAGGUCACGUCAGCAAUGAACUCUGGCUCUACAACACCUCGGAGGAAGCCUGGCACCUCCUCUCACCCCUCAACACCACCACGGAUGACCCAGCGGAUGAGGAGGCCGGUAGGGGUCAUCCGCCAGGCCUGAUGCAUGCGACCUUGACCCUAGUGGAUGACUCGACGGUUUACCUGUUUGGGGGGUCGCUGCCGAACGGGGAAUUCUCAAGUCGGAUGUAUAGAAUGGAUUUGGCGGAUGAGCGGAUGUGGGAGCAGGUGGAGGUCCGUGGAGGCAAUGAGUUAGAGGCGCGAGUGGUUGGGCAUUCCACAGUCUUCCACGCGGAGUCUCGCUCGCUCCUGGUCUUUGGCGGAAUUCGGGUGGACAUAGCAAGAUUCUCAAGGCUCUCCGAUCACCUGUUGACCUUUGACCUGGCGCGGCAGUACUGGGCGCGCAUUCACUACCCUCGGCAUAGGGGCAAGGUCGCGGACAGACACAUACCCCUAGAGCGAGCCUUCCACUCCGCCCUCAUAGCUGGUAACUACAUGAUUGUUAUGGGCGGAUACAUUCACAAGCACAAAGAGGAGGAACAAUGUUAUGACAAGCAGAUAUAUAUGUAUCACCUAAGCUGUCAUGUCUGGGUCGCUCACAAGCUUGCCCCGGCCCCCGCCCCGAUGACGAGUGGAGACGGGGCAGGUGGAAGCGACGGUGGAAGCUUCCGUCCACCCUCAGGUCACUACCCCCGGGGCCAAGGCGUCUAUGGGCAUACCCUCUCGCUGCGGGGCGGGAAUACCCUAGUCGUGGCCGGGGGCUUCAGCGGGGCGGUUAACACCCAGGUUUUAGCAUAUACUCUGCCCCCGACGCUGGUGGCCAAGGAAGGAACGGAGAUGGAUGUUGAUUUGGCUUGUAGGAGACACACCACACAGGAGUGGUGUGCAGCCAGCCUGGGGUGCGGGUGGUGCCCCGCGGACCGCACCUGCUACGACCGUUCCCGCGGGGCAAACUGUACCAACAACCUGCUGACCUACGACUGCCCCGGCCCCUGCCCCGCCCUGCACCACUGCCAGGCCUGCCUGGCCCACGGCCGGGGCGGCGGGGCCUGCGUGUGGUGCAUGCACACCGCCAAGUGCCUGGGGCGGGAGCAGGGCGGGGGUGGUGGCCGGGCGGGGCGCUGUGGGGGUGAUGCGGCAGUGGGGCGGCCCCGCUGGUGGGGGCCGGGGGGAGAGGUGGGCACCCUGGGGGAGUGCCGCACCCAGGAGCAGCGCCCCGGCAUCACCCUGAUGCGGCACCUGCCCCCCGUGGACCGGGGCCGCCCCGACGCUGUGGCGGUGCUCAACCACAGCUGGGCUGAGCCCCGCUACGUGCAGGAGUUCAGCGGGGCGCUGGCCCUGCUGCCCCGCGGCCACGCCAUCACCACGCUGAUGGGCUUCCUGCACACCCCGCGGGACGGCCCCGAGCGGGGCCUGGCGCUGGUGACCGGGGUGUCCAAGGCCAACGCCUCCCUCUGGCUGUCCCCGGACGAUGGCCCCGGCCUGGAGUUGGUGGCGGCGGUGGGGACGGGGCGGGAGCGGGCCACGGCACAGCGCCCCAGUGGGGGCCCCCUGCUGAUCCGGGGCGGCCGCCAGCUGGUGAAGGUGGAGGUGUGGAUAGACCCGACGACGGCGGGGCAGCAGGCGGGGCACGUGAGCCUGGCCUGGACGGGGCAGGAGGCGGGGCAGCCAGAGCAGGCGGUGACCCUGCGGCACCUGGAGCCCUACAGCCGGGGCGGGGCGGCCUGCCGGGGCCACCUGACCUGCCUGGCCUGCCUGGCGGACGCGCUGUGUGGCUGGUGCCGCCCCGCCGCUGCCUGCCUGCCCCGCCGCGGCCCCGAGGAGUGCCGGGACGAGGGCGGGGCGGGGCAGACACACUUCCUGGUGGUGGAGGCGGGGCAGUGCCACACCUGCCAGCAGCACAUCUACUGCCACACCUGUGCCGCCGCCCCGGCCUGCGCCUGGCUGCCCGACCAGGCCCACUGUGCGCGCCGGGGCAGGUUCCCCGGGGCCAUCGCCAGCCCUGACGACUGCCCUGCCCCGUGCCACGAGCGACAGACCUGCGCCGCCUGCCUCGGGGCGCCGGGGCGGUGUGCCUGGUGCUCGGAGACAAAGGAGUGCUUCUUAUUUUCCAUAUAUACAUCAGUGUACCAAUACGGGGCUUGUAGGAGCUGGUUGGAUGAGGAUCACACAAAUAUUACUACUACUACUACUACUACUACUACUACUACUACUACUACUACUACUUCUACUUCUACUACUGCAAUGCCUACUACUGCUGAGGAUGGUACUGCUGUGUCUGCUGCUACGUCAAGCCCCGCCCCGCCCCGGAAUGCCCCGAUAAACGCCCCCGAUAGGAUUUUGCAACAGCGGCUGGCACUAGAAUCAUCCGAGUGCCAUAUCUGUGAGCAUCUCCAGACCUGUGCCGAGUGCCUCCGGACCCUCUCCUGUGGGUGGUGCCAUGCUCCCCGCAACCCCAUAGUGGGCGUGUGUACCAUGGGGGACUUCACGCGGCCGCACACAGGUGAAUGCACAGACAUCAUGGCCGGGGCUUUACGGGGCAACACCAGCAGCCCCGGAGCGACCCUGGGGCGGGGCGGGGCGGAGUGGGCCUAUGCCAAAUGCCCCGAUGUGGAUGAGUGCCAACUGGACCUUCACGACUGCCACAAGGAUGCCCAAUGUACCAAUGCCGACCCGGAUUUUAAUUGUACCUGUAACCGGGGCUUCCGGGGCGAUGGCCGGGUCACCUGUGAGAGAACAUGCUACGAAGAUUGUCUACAUGGGGAAUGCAGUGAGGGUCCGGACUUCAUCUGUAAAUGCUAUCUUGGGUGGACUGGGGUGGACUGUGGAGUGGACUGCGGGUGCCACAACCACUCCACCUGCAACGUCUCGGGGCCGGGGACGUGCGACGAGUGCCAGCAGUGGUCCACGGGCGAGCGGUGCCACCUCUGCAAGCCUGGUAGCUACGGAAAUGCGACCACCAGCGCUGGGUGCCAGAUGUGUCAAUGUAAUGGGCACUGGGAUAUCACGAGAGGGCAGUGCCACAAUACCACCGGACAGUGCCUCUGCCUACACCACACCCAGGGCCACAACUGCCAGCUAUGUGUGGACGGGUACUACGGGGACCCCAGGGAUGGCGGGCACUGCUACCGGGAAUGCGGGGCACGGACCGUCAUCGCAGACGCAACCUCGGGGCAUUUCGGGGCACAGGUUGGGGGCCCCGAAACCCCGACCUCCUGCCUCUUUGUGAUAACCCCGGCCCAGGCGAUAGUCCCGGCUACUACUACUACUACUACUACUGCUACUACUACUACAGAUACUACUUCUACUUCUACUACGAGGGAUAGUUCAACGAUACCCCCUCUGGAAGCAGGGACACACAUCGUACAAGUGACCAUCGAGGAGAGCAACAUCAACUGCGACAGAGGUGUUUUGUACAUCUAUGACGGAAUUCCUCACUUCAUCUCCUCCUCCUCCUCCUCUUCCGCCUCCACCUCCGCUGCCUCCUCCCCCUCCGCUGCCCCCAUCCACCCCUCCAGCAACCUCUUAGCCGCCUUAUGUGUGGAUCAAGCAACGUUCCCGGCCACAGUGGAGGCGGAGAGCGGAGUUUUAACCGUCUACUACGAGCGGAAUGGAUCGCAGGAAGGCUUCAACGGAAGUUAUGUCGUAUACUCCUGCCCCGAGAACCCCGGGCCCCGGCGGGAGUGUCGGCAGGGGCGCCCCGUGUGUGUGGAGGGUUGGCGGGGCCCCCAGUGCGACCUGCCUGUCUGCCGGGGCGAGUGCGGGGCGGGGCAGGGCCGGGGCGAGUGUGUGAAAGGAUAUGGGAGAUGCAACUGUACGGAAGGUUAUGUCGGCGAGGAGUGUGACACAGAGAGACAGCCACACCAGGUUGAGGUCCAGUGCCUGGUGGGGGCGGGGCGCGUCGGGGCGAGGGACCGGCGGCUGGCCACGGUGCUGCAGCGGCUGGGUCACUCCCUGGUGGUGGACGGCGGGGGGUCGCUGUGGGUGUUUGGCGGCCUGUCCCUCCGCCGGGGCCCCCUGGAUGACGUGCAGCGCUUUGACCCCCACAACGGCACCAGCCUGUGGCAGACCGUCACGGUGACCCUGACCCCCGGCCGCCAGCCGCCGCCCGCCCGCUACCUGCACGCGGCGGCCCUGGUGCCGGGGCGGGGCCACAUGUACGUGUACGGCGGCCUGGACGGGGCCAGGGUGCUCGGGGACCUCUGGCGCUUCACCACGGAGACCGGGGCCUGGACCCGCCUGACCCCCCCCGCCGGCCUGCCCCCGCUGGCUGGCCACACCCUCACCUACCGCCCCCACUCUGCCAGCCCCGCCCUGCUGCUGGUGGGGGGCGCCUCCCCCCAGCAGGGCUUCCUGGAGGCCCCCUGGGAGUACAGUCUGGCCUCGGGGCACUGGGCGCGGCUGGCCACCUCCGGGGCGGGCCCCGUGGGUCUGUACGGGCACAGUGCGGCGUACCACCAGCGCAGCGACACCCUGUACGUGUUUGGGGGCGUGGCGUACAGGCUGCACGGGGUGGGGCGCUUCCCCGGCCUGCACGCCCUGACCCUGCACACCCGCCGCUGGGCCCUGCUGCCCCCUGCACCCCACGCCGCGGCCGCCGCCCCGCUGCCUGGCCCCCGCUCCUUCCACUCUGCCAUCAGCACCCCACACUACAUGCUGGUGGUGGGGGGGCACGCCGCCCCGGACGCCCCGGCCCUGCUGGCCUACUCCUACGCCUGCAACAGGUGGAUGCCCCUCGCCCCGCCCCACGCUACCCUGGUGGGGCCCGCCCUGGCCCCACACAUGGCCACCGCCGCUGCUGCCGCCCCAGACACUGACCCUGAGGGCGGGGAUGCGCCAGUGGGGGCGGAGGCGGGCGUGGCCAGCGUGUUCGUGCUGGGCGGCUACAACGGCACCGCCCGGGGCUCCCUGGUGGCGGUGCGUGUGCCCCGGGACCUGUGUGUGCUGCACGGGACGGAGGUGGAGUGCAAGCGUGCCGUGGGCUGUGCCAACUGUGUCGUGUACGGGGCCGCCAACGUGUCCGUCUGCUACGCCAACAGCGGCGGGGAGCCGGCGGCCUGCAGCCACACGGUGCAGCGCAAGUUGAGCGUCGUGGGCGAGCGUUGCAACGCCUCGCUGCAGCACCUGCCCCAGGACUGUGCCGGCCACGCCUCCUGCACUCACUGCCUGGCGGAGUGGCCCGCCCACCCCGACGCUGCCCCGCGCUGCAAGUGGUGCCACAGCCUGGCACGGGGCCGCUGCGUGCCCCUGGACAAGGACUGCAACACCCAGGAGCCCUGCCGGGGCGGCGGGGCAGCCAUUGGCUGCUUCACCGUGACGGAGGCGGGGCAAUGCCAGGAGGCCGAGCCCUGUGUGGCGUCCGACUGCGACAAGUGCCAGGCCGCCGGGGCGGGGACAGCGGCAGAGACGGACGAGGCGUCAGGGUCGGGGGCGGCGGCCGGGCGUGCCUGCAUCUGGACCCGGCAGGUGGUGCGGCGGCAGCAGGCGGGGCACUAUGACCUGCAGGAGACCCCGUCCCUCAACUGGAACUGUGUGGACGGGACCAUCCAGCAGCACCUGUCCUACCCCCUGCAGGCCGCCCCGCCCGGCCCCUGCCCCCGCCGCUGCCACAACCACACCAACUGCACCGCCUGCCUGGCCGCCCCCGGCGCAGAGGGCGGCUGGCACGAGUGCCGUUGGGCACCCGCCCUGGGGGAGUGCCUGUCACCCAGCUAUGUGCCCCUGCGCUGCCUGGGGGGCGCCUGUGGCCUGCUGCUGGCCGGGGGCCCCGAGCAGUGCCCCCGCCCCUGUGGGGCCUUCACGCAGUGCACUCAGUGCCUGGCCCAGCCCCGCUGUGGGUGGUGUGCCCUGCCCUCCCCCGUGGGGGGCCUGGGGCUCUGUGUGGAGGGCCGCCUGGAAGGCCCCGCCCAGGGGGGCCGCUGCUCCCUGCUGGACUACUCUGACCUGCUGGCCAACGCCUCGCUGGCUGCCCUGCACGGCCUGCAGGGGGAGGGCGGCCAGGCCCCCGCCGGGGCUUCUUGGCACUACCUGUCCUGCCCCGCCGAGGAUGAGUGCCUCAACGACCACCACGCGUGCCGCCCCACCAGUCAGACCUGCCGCGACCUGCCCCGCGGGUACGAGUGCGUGUGUGCCCCGGGCUACAACGCCACGGAGCGGGGCCGCUGCGCCCCGCUGUGCCGCCAGGGGUGCGUGCACGGGGCGUGUGAGCAGCCCGACGUGUGUGCGUGCCACUUUGGGUACGUGGGCGCCAACUGCUCCACCCAGUGCCGCUGCCACGGGCACGCUGACUGUGCCGGCGAGGGCCACCUGGACCAGUGCCGGGAGUGCCACAACAACACCCAGGGGCCCCAGUGCCAGCACUGCCGCCCCCUGCACGUGGGGGAGCCGGCCCAGGGCCGCCCCUGCGUCCCCUGCCGCCACCACUGCCACGGCCACGCCACGGUGUGUGUGGACCCCGCCACCCUGGCCCACGCCAACGCCUCCGACCCCGCCCCCCCGCCCCUCACCCCGGAGGACCUGGCAGGGGAGCCGGGGCCGCGGGGCGACGCCGUGUGCCUGGCCUGCGCCAACAACACGGCGGGGCAGCAGUGCCAGACCUGCCUGCCGGGGUACUUCCGGGGCAGCGAGGACCUGACGCGGGGCUGCCGGCCCUGCCAAUGCAACGGCCACGGCAGCACCUGCCACCCCGCCUGGGGCACCGGGUGUGACUGUGCCAACAACACGGAGACGGACAAGGCCUGCCAGGACCCCGCCAAGGGACGGGGCACCGGGGCCGGGGCCAGCGGCGGGCGGGGGUGUUGGCAGCAGCAGUGUGCCAAGUGUGCCGACACAUACCUGGGCAGCCCCAGCGGGGGCCACCAGUGCUACCUGCAGAUGAACGUGGACAAGGACUACUGCCUGGACCCCGCGGGGCAGAGCCAGUGCACCGCCGGCCCCGCCCCGCUGCCGCCCCGCCGCACGGUGUUCUUCGCCGUGCAGCCAAAGUUCAUGAACGUGGACAUCAGGCUGGUGCUGGACGUGACCCAGGGCGGGGCAGACGUCUUCUUCAGCUCCCGGGGCGACGCUUUUGUCGUGGCCCCACCCCGCCCCGGCGCCGCCCCACAGCUCACCCUGGACCCGCGCUACCGCCCCCGGCAGCCACGCGGCGGGGCGGCCCUCACGCGCCUGGCCGCAGCGGAAGGCAGCACCAACCGCAGCUCUGGGGCGGGGCCGGGGCCGGGGGUGGAGUACCGCGUGGUGGAGCGCGUGGGGUCCGGGGUCAAGACCUUCGCCACGGUUAGCCGCGCCACGGAGAUCCUUGUGGUGCGAAAUGUGACCAACCGUCUGGUGGUGACCCUGCCCCAGCACCGGCAUGACCUGCGCUCCGCCAAGUUCUACCUGGCGGUGCAGGGGGUGGGGCGCCCCGGCCGACCCCUCACCUGGGGCAGCGUGUUCUUCCGGCAGGACCAGCCCCGGAUCGACCUCUUUGUCUUCUUUUCCGUUUUCUUCUCCUGUUUCUUCCUCUUCCUUGCCGUCUGUGUCGUCGUGUGGAAGGUUAAACAGAGACUUGACCUCCGCCGCCUCCGCCGCCGCCACAUGGUCGAGAUGCUCCACAUGGCACGGCGGCCAUGCGCAGCCGCCACUCUCCUCCUUCACGAGACCCCAGACCCGGACGCCCCGCCACUCGACGCCCCGGUACUACCCCAAAAUCCCGACGCCCCGCUUGACCACUCCCUCUGGUCGCCCGGCCGCCGCCACAAGCGCGGGGCGAAGCGGGGCACCAUGGCGGCUGGUCUCGGGCCUGGCGGGGGCGGGGCGGUUGACGGCGGACUGCAGGUUGGCCCGUUGGCGGUUGAGCCGACGGAUGACGGAGUGGCGGCUGUCCUGACCCUGAUGGUGCAGCUGCCUGGGGGCGGCCUGGGGGGAGCCGCCUCGCCCCACGCCCCGACACACCGCCUGGCACUGGGGUCUGCACUGUGUCUCAUGUCCCGGAUUUUCCCCCCCGCCCCGCGCCCCUUCCACCUACGGAGACGCACAUCGCACCUUGCCCCGUGAACGCCCCGCCCCGCCCCGCCUUGCCCCGCCAUGCCCCGCCACGCUCCCCCAGUCCCUCCCUCCCUCCUGUAAUCUCAAAAUGCCAUACUCCUAGUCAGUCCUCCUCUUCCUCCUCCUCCUCCUCCUCCUCCUCCUCCUCUUCCUCCUCCUCCUCCUCCUCCUCCUCCUGACUGGUUUUAGAAUACUCACGUUACAAUCUCAACGCACACACACGCACACACGCGCACACACACAUUAUUGUUAUUAUUAUUAUUAUUAUUAUUAUUAUUAUUAUUUCCUGUGAUAUAUAUCGAUAGGAGAGAGAGAGAGAGAGAGAGAGAGAGAGAGAGAGAGAGAGAGAGAGAGAGA